AUGUUUGAGUGCAGUGAAUGUGGAGUUUCAUUCAAGAAAUUCAAGUCUCUAUUUAUUCAUAAAGAACAGUGUAGUUUAUUGAAAUGUUCAAAAUGUAAGACAAGGUUUAAAGAUAAAGAAAUGUUCAUUGAACAUGUUAUCAAAUGUAAAACAAUUGUCUCUACUCUUGGUGACGUAGCUACUUUUCGAUUACAUAAAUCAGCUUAUAGAGGUGUCCUUGAAAUUUAUGUUAAACUUGGUUCAUGGUCAUCUCUAGAGAACCUGUUUACAGCUGAAAGGCAAAACAUCAUUAAUCUCAUUAGCCAUGUGAUUGGAAAAAUUGGAUCAAUUAAAACUCAAGUUUGUGUUCUUAUCAAGUUUAUUAAACAAAAACCAGAUGGCGAUACGGAUUCUACUGAAAUUUAUAAAAUUUCUCAAAGUGAACCUUUAACUCAUUCUUCCCAAAUUGAGAAAAUGAUCACUAAAUGGAUUGAAAACCUUGGAUUGGUGGUUGAUCAGUUCACUCAACGUGGAAGUGGUUGGGUACUUCAGGCAGUCAAAAUGUUGGAAAUCAGAGUAGGUAAGUUGAAAGAAAAUAGUGGUGGUUGUUCAAGCGUUAAAUUACCACUAAACUUGAUCCGUAAAAGGAGCUUGGUAUCACCAGUUUGUAAGUCUCAUUGCUUCAAGUGGGCCGUUCUCAUGGCUCUUCACCCUCAGUCAACACAUAGAGAAAGAGUCUCUAAAUAUAAAAAAUAUGAGAAAUGGUACAAUUUCAGAGAUAUCGAUCCAAUUACGCCUUUCUCUCAGAUUAAUCGCUUUGAAAAGCAGAACAAUGUUUCAAUUAAUGUCUACACAAUGACAAUCUGUAAGAACCCAAAGGUUGUCCCAUUGCUAAUCAACAAGGACAGGAAGACAAAUCAUGUUAAUCUAUUUCUUCACAAUGAUCAUUAUUUUCACAUCACCAACUUUGACAAAUUUAUGUGGAACACCAAAUCGUGGGAAAGGUUUUUCUGUUAUUCUUGCCUAUCUGGUUUCAGAGAUAAAUUCUCACUAACAAAGCAUGAAAUUUAUUGUGGUAACAACUCAGCUCAAAGAACCAUUCUUCCAGGUACAGAAAAUGUCCCGAAAACGUGUGAGUUUACUCACGUGGAAAAGACAAUUUCUUAUCCAUAUGUUAUUUACGCUGACUUUGAAGCCUUAGUGACCAAAAGUGAAAAUGCAUUAGGUGCAAGCACAUUUGAAUACCAAAAGCAUGAAGCUUGUUCAUUUGGCUGGGUUGUUGUUGAUUGGACAGGUAAAAUACUGUUCAAUAAAUUCUAUCGAGGUGAUAACGCGGCAGAGAAUUUCAUCAGAAGCCUUUACAAUGUACAAGCGUCCAUCAACCUUGAUCUAAUGAGGAGAAUAAAGCCGCCAAUUCUAACACCAGAAGAAAGGAUAAUUUAUGAACUUGCUGAUAUUUGCCAUGUUUGUUUACAACCACUUUUCCAAGACAAAGUUUUAGAUCAUUGUCAUCUAACUGGUAAGCUCCGUGGAGCAGCUCAUAAUCUGUGCAAUUUGAAACUUAGAUUACCAAAUCGAAUACCAGUCAUUUUUCAUAACUUGAAAGGUUAUGAUGCUCAUCUAAUUAUGAAAGGGAUCAAGUCAAAUACAGUGAAAAAGAUUUCUGUAAUCCCACAGAAUAGUGAAAAGUAUAUUGCCUUUUUCAUGGAUGAUUUCAUUUUUCUAGAUAGUCUCGCUUUUCUUCUAUCCAGCCUUGAUACAUUAUCAAACAAUUUACCAGAUGAAGAUAAAACAAAAUAUUUAUCACAAAUGUUCAAUAGCUCAGAUUUACCUCUACUUUUAUCAAAAGGGUGUUUACCUUAUGAGUAUAUGGACUCUUGGAGUAAAUUUGAUGAUGUCAAUUUACCUUCAAUUGAUAAAUUUUAUUCACAUCUAUGUCGAAAAACAAUAGAUGAAUCAACAUAUUCAAAUUUACAAAGGAUAUGGAAUCAUUUCAAUUGUCAAAACCUUGGCGAUUUUCAUGACAUUUACUUGAAAGUUGAUGUCUUACUUUUAGCGGCAAUAUUUGAAAACUUUAGAUUCACAAGUUUGAAACAAUUUGGCCUCGAUCCUUGUCAUUAUUUCUCUACACCAGGUCUCACUUGGGACGCUGCUCUCAAAGCAACAAAAACCAAACUUGAUUUAUUAACAGACAUUGACAUGAUCCUUAUGAUUGAGAAUGGGAUUCGAGGAGGAAUUUCUUGUGCAAUGACAAGACAUGUUGUUGCCAACAAUCCUCUCUCUGAGAAUUAUGAUUGUAAUAAACCCAACUCAUACAUUACUUUUCUGGAUGUGAAUAACCUUUAUGGUUAUGCUUUGAGUGAUAAUCUACCAAUGAGUAACUUUGAAUGGGUCCCUUCGGAAUCGUUUGAUCAAGUGAUUGAAUCAAUAAUGACUGGACAAGAUUCAGAUACAGGAUACAUUUGUCAAGUUGAUUUAAUUUAUCCACAACAUUUACACGAUCAACAUAAUGAUUAUCCCAUGGCUCCUGAGAAAUUAACAGUUGAUGAUGAAUGGUUAAGUGAUUAUCAAAAGAGAAUCAUAUCUGAUCUUGAAAGUGUUGGUCUUAAACGAUGUAAAACUGAGAAACUAAUUCCUAAUCUAAGAGAUAAGAAAAACUAUGUGGUACACGAAAGAAACUUGAGAUUUUGGUUAUCAAAGGGACUAAUCUUGGAUAAAAUUCAUCGUAUUCUCAAGUUCAAGCAAUCCAAAUGGUUGAAACCUUAUAUUUCAAUGUGCACCCUCAAUCGCCAGAGAGCUACCAAUUCAUUUGAAAAAGACUUUUGGAAAUUGAUGGUCAAUUCAUUAUAUGGAAAGAGCAUUGAAGAUAAGCGGAAACAUUCCAAAGUUAAAGUAGUGACAAACGGUCAACAAGCAAUGAAACAGAUUAGAAAGCCAAUGUUUGAACACUUUUACAUUCUGGAUAAUGAUUUGGCAAUAAUAAAAUUACGUAAAUUUGAGGUUAAACUGGAUAAGCCAAUUUACCUUGGAUUCACAGUACUAGAACUAUCAAAGCUUCGGAUGUAUGAACUACAUUACGAUCACUUUCAACCUCUUUAUGGAGAUAACCUAAAUCUUGUUUACACUGACACUGACAGCUUCAUUUAUCAUAUUGAAACUGAAGAUAUUUAUAAUGAUUUAAAAUCAAUGUCAGCAAUUAUGGACUUUUCGGAUUACCCUGAAAAUCAUUUCCUCUAUGAUGUUUCAAACAAAAAGAAACUUGGGCUACUAAAGGACGAGAUGAAUGGUCAAGUUAUUGAUGAAGUUGUCGCCAUCAAAUCAAAGCUUUAUGGAAUUAAAUAUGGUUCAAAGAUAAAAAAGACCGCUAAAGGAACUCAAAAGGCAACCGUUCGUGAUGAGAUAUUGAUAGAAGACUACAAGACCUGUCUCUACGAUAGUGUGUUAUUCAGACAUGAUAAUUACAGAUUACAAUCUAAACAUCAUCAGAUUUCAAGUAUAAAAACAAAUAAAAUAUCUUUAUCUCCAUUGGAUGACAAGAGAUAUAUACGCGAGGAUGGUGUAUCAACAUAUGCAUUUGGACAUUAUAAAAUUGUUUAA